AUGCCCCCUCCACCACCACCUCCUCCACCUCCUCCUCCUCCACCUCCUCCUGGGGCCCCCCCGGGAUCUAUGUCAUCGAGAGCACCCGCGAAGGGCCCUGCCAGCAGAGGCGCACUUCUGACAGACAUCACGAAAGGGAGAGCACUCAAGAAAGCUGUAACCAACGAUCGAUCGGCACCGAUAGUAGGCGCAGUAUCUGGUGGUCCCGUUCCAAUGCCGAUAGGAGGUGCUCCACCAGUGCCCGGAAUGGCAAAACCUCCUGGGGGAUUUGGCGCACCACCAGUACCGGGAGGAAAUAGGGCUCGAAGUAAUAGUGACCAAGGAAAUAAUAGCGCAGUUUCAGGAAUGGAGCAACCUCCCCAGUUAGGAGGAAUCUUCGCAGGUGGCAUGCCCAAAUUAAAGAAACGAGGCGGAGGAGUAGAUACUGGCGCAAACAAAGGUUCAUCAUUUACACCAGAGCCGGGAUUCUCUGCGCCGAAACCGCCAGGUAUGGCAGCUCCUAGACCUCCAACAAACGCAGCCCCGCCUUUACCAUCAGUCAGGCCUCCUCCUCAGUCCAGCUCCACUACACCAGCAUUUACGCCCUCGAUUGCAAACUUACGGAAGACUGGUGGGCCAUCACUUUCUCGACCUGCAUCUUCAGCCUCCCUCAAAGGACCACCACCACCUAUUGGCAAGAAACCUCCUCCACCCCCUGGUACUCGAAAGCCCUCAUCAGCACUAUCAGCACUAUCAGCCCCACCACCACCACCGCCAUCAUUUGCCCCUCCACCUCCUUCUUCGGCCCCUCCACCCCCUGCUGCACCUCCGCCGCCACCUUCUCCAGCUCCACGUCCUCCCAGUAACCCACCUCGAUCAUAUGCGCCCCCUCCACCAACAUCUCCACCUUUGACUAACGGAGGUAGCCAGAGUCUUGCCAUGCAGGCAGCAAUUCGUGCUGCCGGUCAAGCAUCACCAAUGGGUGCGCCACCUCCACCGCCUCCACCUCCUUCUAAUGGGCCUCCCUCUAUAUUAUCACACAGAGCGCCAUCUCCACCAGCGGCACCGCCGGCCGCACCAAUAUCAAGAAGUCAAAGUCAAUCACAAGGAAGAACUCACACAAUGGAUUCUAGUUCAUAUACUCUCUCUUCAAAUGGCAGUUUACCGAAAGCCACCAGUUCUACUUCUAACAGGAGGGUUACAAUCAACGACUUCCGAUGGAAAUUUACAGAUGAAUCGGUUUUUCCCAUACCCCGAGAUUUUGUUGGUGGACCUAAGAAAUAUCGGGCCGGUCGUGGGAGCAGUGUUCCGUUGGAUCUGAGUGCUUUUUAG